GCGACGGCUGUCACUACGUUUUGCGGGUACAAACAGCCCGGCUCAACUUCAACUCUCUGAUAGACUUUACACACCCCUUCCACUUUUGGUAAAGCUGAUUGUUUCUUUUGUUAUCUACUGGAGUUUUCAGCUUCUAGGAAUAUGUGGAUCAUUUUUAAGAGGAUCUGUGCACUACAUUGUGGCUUAGUUUCAACAAAAAGCAUUUAGCGUUAGUAGGUGCUCACUGCAGGUUCCCAUAUCCGGAGUACGCCAUUUUGCGUGCUUCCUUUUUUAUCGUUCAGUUUUCAGCAGGCCUCAGUCGUAUGAAGCGGUGGAGCCUUUGGAUUUGGAGGAGUUCUUGAUAUCACAGCUAAGAAGUGGAGACUCAGCCCUGAUGCAGGAAUUUGGAGACUUCCCAGAAGAUGACCUGAAGGUGGAGCAGGUGGAGAAAGAAUGGCGCACCGUUCGACACUCUUACCCCGAGGAUGGACCGGGGUUGGAUUCCCAUGUGAGAGACUGUGUAAUGAGGUACACCCAGCCAUGGCUUGUGGUCUCUAGAAGGUGCCAGGGGGAUGGCUGGAGUGCAUACUCGGCGCGAGCUGGCCUACACAAACUCCUUCAGAAACAAACUUUUGAGACCGACGACCAGCCAGAGAAAGAAGAGACACCAGUCAAGUCUCCAACUCUAGCUGGGCUGAGUGAUGACUCUGGCCGCACGGUGACCUCCUCCGACUUUAACCUGCGGUGCCUGACCCCAGAGCAGAGAGUGGAGGGGCUGUUGGCCUUCAGCAGCCAUGAUGAACUGGACCGCCUUAACCAGGAGGCAAGGCACGGAAACAGAUACCCUGAGCUGUUUGCUCUAUACCCACCAGCUGAUGAGGAAGAGGCAGUGGAGAUCCGACCCAUUCCUGACUGCCCCAAAGAGCACAGUGGAGACCGCAUCCUGAUACGAUGCCAGGCCAUCAAGUUUGAGAUUGACAUUGAGCCCAUGUUUGCUACUAUGGCCUUAUAUGACCUGAAAGAGAAGAAAAAGAUAUCAGAGAACUUCUAUUGUGAUCUGAACUCAGAGCAGUUUAAAAACUUCUUGAAACCUCACGCUCCACAAGUGGAUCACUCCUCUCUGGCCAGAUCUGCCAUCUUCUCUGUCACAUACCCUUCGCCAGACAUCUACCUGGUCAUCAAGAUUGAAAAGGUCCUCCAGCAGGGAGAGAUCAGUGAAUGUGCUGAUCCCUACAUGACAUUGAAGGAAUCUGACAAUUCAAAGAACAAGGACAAGCUGGAGAAGCUGCGAGGCCAAGCGGAGACAUUUUGCCAAAGGCUGGGUCGCUAUCGCAUGCCCUUUGCCUGGGCAACCGUCAAUAUUAUGGAGGUCAUCAGCACUGCCACCAUUGAACGUGAUGUCCCAGACUCCGACAACUUAAAAUCUGGUAAAUCCAGCAGCAUUGACCGGAGAGCACAGCUGCCCAGGAGGAACUCUGAACGUUACAGUAUCAUGGAUGAUCAAUUCUGUAACAUUUCUGGUUUCAAGCCUGCUACCAUCACUAUUGGCACCAUUUUCAAACAGGAGGGAGAUCGUUUGAGUGAUGAGGACUUGCUCAAGUUCCUGGCUGAAAUUAAGAAAACCUCUAUUCCACAGAGGAGAAUCAAGACCAUACCAGGUUCCAUUAAACUGGACAUGUCUCCACUCCAAGACUUGCCACAGGCUUGUUUGUCCACUGAGCUCAUCCCUCUCAUACCUGUGGCUGAGAAAAACAUUCGGCCUGUCAAAGAAGUGCUGGAGUUCCCCUCUAAUGAGGUUUAUGUCCCUCACAACAUUUACAGGAACCUGCUCUAUGUCUAUCCCCAGAGACUAAACUUCGUCAACAGGCUGACAUCAGCGAGAAACAUCACCAUCAAAAUGCAGUUAAUGAGUGGAGAAGACCCCAGCUCCUCUAUGCCUGUGAUUUUUGGGAGAUCAAGUGGCCCUGAAUUUGUGCAUGAAGUCUACACCCCUGUUACCUAUCAUAACAAGUCCCCAGACUUUUAUGAGGAAGUGAAACUGGCUCUUCCUGCCCAUCUGACUGUGAAACAUCACUUGCUGUUCACCUUUUACCACAUCAGCUGCCAGCAGAAACAGAACCAGAGUGGCAGCUGUGAAACUCUCAUUGGAUACUCUUGGCUGCCCAUGUUAAACAAUGACCGACUGCAGACUGGUCAAUUCUGCCUGCCCAUUGUCUUGGAGCGACUUCCUGUGAACUACUCAUUGCAUGCGCCUGAGAAACUUCCCCCCCAAGUCCCCCCAGUCAAGUGGAUGGAGAGUCACAAAGGACUGUUCAAUCUUGAGGUGCAGGCUGUGUCAUCUGUACACACACAGGACAACCACCUGGAGCGUUUCUUCACCCUCUGUCAUGCCCUGGAGGGUGGAGCAACAUUUCCGCUGCGGGUUAGAGAGGAGAAGAUUCCAGAGAGCAAGUUGGAGCAUGAGCUAAAGCUCAGCAUCAUCUCCCUGUCCUCCUCCAGUUUAGAGCCUUUGGUUCUCUUCCUCCACCUGGUGCUGGAUAAACUCUUCACCCUGAUCAUGCAGCCAAUGGUCAUUAAUGGUCAGACUGCUAAUUUUGCCCAGAUAGCCUUCGAAUCAGUGGUGUCUAUUGUCAACAGUCUCCACAACAGCCAGGAGCUGAUCAGAGACCAGCAGGGUAGGAACAGCCUCUUGGCAACCUACCUUUACUGGGUGUUCCGCCUGCCUGAUCCCCCUGGAGACAUGCAAAAUGCAGGUUCAGGGAGUAUACCCUCUGCAGAGAGCCGUUACAGCACCAUGGGUCGGGCCACAGCAGCCACAGUUGGCUCUCUUCUUCUCCAGUCCAGGGUCCGCAGCAGCAGCAACCCUGACAUCCCCGCUCAACACAAUUCUGCUGAAGAUGCUGAGGUCAAAAACAUCUUCUCUGCCAAGGGCCACAACAACCCAGGCUGCCGCAUGUCCACCAUUUUGGAUGUACCCGGCCAACAGAACCCCACAGGAAGCACCAGGCCCUCCAACCGAAAGCAAUUUCAUGAGGAGCUGGCCCUACAGAUGGUCGUCAGCACAGGGGUGUGCAGAGAAAAUGCAUACAAAUACGCCUGGUUCUUCUUUGAGCUACUGGUGAAAAGCAUGGCUCAGCAUGUGUCUUACCUUGACAAGAACAAUGUUCCUCGAAGAAACCGCUUCUCUGACCGAUUUAAAGAUGACAUCACAACCAUCGUCUCUGUGGUUACUGCGGAGAUUGGGACCAUCCUUGUUAAACAACAAAAGGAGGUAGAGCAAGCAGAGAAAGUCAACAUCAGUCUGGCCUUCUUCCUCUAUGACCUGCUGUCUCUCAUGGACCGAGGAUUUGUCUUCCAGCUAGUGAAAAACUACUGCAACACGAUGUCAGCUAAAUGUGUUUCAAUGCCAACAUUGAUCAGCAUGCGUCUGGAAUUUCUGCGAAUCCUGUGCAGUCACGAGCACUACCUCAACCUGAGCCUCUUCUUCAGCAGCCCUGCUUCUGCUCCCACCUCACCCUGUCCAUCCAUCUCCUCACAGAGUUCCGGCUCAUGUAGUUUCCAGGAGCAGCAGAGGAUCUUGGGGUUGUUUGAGCUUUCUCAGGAAUUUAAGCAGCAGCACUACCUCGCUGGUCUGCUGCUGACAGAGCUCAGUGCUGCCCUAGACAUGGAAUCAGAGGGGGGAAAGGUCCAGAGAAAGGCCAUCAAUGCGAUCUAUAGCCUGCUGUGUUCCCAUGACCUUGACCAUCGCUGUGUUAAACCUGAGGUCAGAGCCAAGGUGGCUGCUCUCUACCUCCCCCUGGUGGGCAUUAUCAUUGACUCCACCAACUAUCUGGACUUCACUGUUUCAGAUGCGCGCAGCGGGAAAAACAAGACAGGCGGACCUGAAGAUGACCUUGAAAAUACCCCACUCAUUAAUCAGUCGGUUGCUAUGGCAAUUGCCGGGAACCCCUUCAACACGCUGGGGAGGAAUGUUCUCGUUUCCAUGGCAUCCAUGCAAGGUAAAUCUGUAGCCACCCUUGCAGCAGACACCAGUCGCCACCUGUUGGUAUGUUUCCUUUGGGUGAUGAAGAACGCUGAUAGGAAUCUGAUUCAGCGCUGGACUGUGGAUAUGCCUCCCUCACAGCUCAACAAGCUGCUGGAGCUCCUCACUAUCUGUGUGUCCUGCUUUGAGUACAGGGGUAAACAGUGCAGUGACAAAGUGAGCACCCAGGCCUUGCAGAAAUCUCAGCAGGCCAAGUUGCAGCUAGAAGAAGCCCUGCUGGGAGGAAUGGGAGCCCGUGGAGCAAUGAUAAAACGUGUUGGAGUAGAUAGAACCAUGGGUCUAAGAGAGAACCUGAGAUGGAGGAAAGACCUCACUCAGUGGAGACAGAGCAACGACAAACAAGAUAAAACGAAGGCAGAGUUGGACCAGGAGGCUCUGAUCAGUGGAAACUUAGCCACAGAGACAAACCUCAUUAUUCUGGACCUGCUGGAGACCAUCGUACAGGCUGUGCCAUUGGCUGAGUGUAAAGACAGCGUUGUUGGCGGGGUGUUGAAGGUUUUACUCCACUCUCUUACCUGCAACCAGAGUAGCACAUACCUCUCUCACACCUUCAGCACACUCAGAGCACUUGUUGUCAAGUUUGGGGACCUGUUGUUUGAGGAGGAGGCGGAGCAGUGUGCAGACCUGUGCCAGAAGGUGCUUCAGUACUGCAGCAGCCCUGUGGAUGAAAACAGGACCCACGCCUGUGCCACCCUCUACCUCAUCAUGAGAUACAGCUACAGCAAUGCCAGUAACUUCUCAAGAGUGAAGAUGCAAGUCACCAUGUCUCUGGCCUCACUGGUGGGCAAGUCUGCAGACUUCCAGGAUGAAUACUUAAGGCGCUCACUACGCACCAUCCUGGCCUACGCAGAGGAGGACACUGAAAUGCAGAACACUCAGCUACCCUCACAGGUGGAUGAGCUUUUGAGGAACCUCAACAGUAUUUUGUCAGACACAGUCAAAAUGAGAGAGUUUCAGGAAGAUCCUGAGAUGCUCAUGGACCUGAUGUACAGGAUAGCGAAGGGCUACCAGACUUCUCCUGACCUCCGCCUGACCUGGCUGCAGAACAUGGCUGAGAAGCACAACAACAGGAAGUGUUACACUGAGUCUGCCAUGUGUCUGGUCCACGCUGCUGCCCUGGUGGCUGAGUACCUCAGCAUGCUUGAGGAUCACAAGUACCUGCCUGUUGGCAGCGUCACCUUCCAGAACAUCUCCCCCAAUGUGCUGGAGGAGUCGGCUGUGUCAGAUGACAUCCUGUCCCCCGACGAGGACGGCGUGUGUUCAGGGCGCUACUUCACUGAAAGUGGCCUGGUGGGAUUGCUUGAGCAUGCUGCUGAGCUCUUCAGCAAUGGUGGUCUGUUUGAGGCAGUGAAUGAGGUCUACAAGAUCAUCAUACCAAUCCUGGAGGCUCACAGGGAUUUUAGAAAGCUGGCAUCCACUCAUGACAAACUACAGAAAGCCUUUGAUAGCAUCAUUCAUAAGGGUCAUAAGAGGAUGUUUGGAACCUAUUUCCGGGUGGGUUUUUAUGGGGCUAAGUUCGGAGACCUGGAUGAACGGGAAUUCAUUUACAAGGAGCCAGCGAUCACACAUCUGCCUGAGAUAUCUCACAGGCUUGAGAACUUCUACAGUCAGUGUUGUGGAGAAGACACUUUGGUGAUGAUAAAGGACUCUACACCAGUGGACAGAAAACAGCUUAACCCCAACAAGGCAUAUAUCCAGAUCACUUAUGUGGAGCCCUUCUUUGAUGACUACGAGAUGAAAGACCGGCUGACAAACUUUGAGAAGAACUUCAACCUGCGGCGGUUCAUGUACACCACACCCUUCACCAAGAGUGGACGGCCGCGUGGCGAGCUCAACGAGCAGUACAAGAGGAAGACCAUCCUCACCACCAUGCACGCCUUCCCAUACGUCAAAACUCGCAUCAAUGUCAUCCAGAAAGAGGAGUUUGACCUGACUCCUAUUGAAGUGGCCAUAGAAGACAUGCAGAAGAAGACUAGAGAGCUUGCUGUUGCCACACAUAGAGAACAACCUGAUGCUAAAAUGCUGCAGAUGCUGCUACAAGGCUCUGUGGGAGCUACUGUUAACCAGGGCCCGUUGGAAGUGGCCCAGGUCUUCCUGAAUGAGAUCCCAGCGGACCCGAAGCUCUUUCGUCACCACAAUAAACUGCGCCUGUGUUUCAAAGAGUUUAUAAUGAGGUGUGGUGAGGCAGUUGAGAAGAAUAAGCAUCUGAUUACAUUUGACCAGAAAGAGUACCAGCAGGAACUGAAGAAGAACUACAACCGCCUGAGAGAGAGCCUGAGGCCCAUGCUGGAGAGAAAGAUUCCUGAGCUCUAUAAACCCAUCAUCAGGCCUCGCCUGGAGAACAGAGAUUCCUUCAAACGUCUGAGUUUCCGCAGAGCUCUGGAGGAAAACUCCUGAGAUGCCACUGCCUGUCUAAGAGACAGCGCUACAGAGAGGAAGGGGAUGCUGUCACACAACCAAGGGGAAAAAAAGGAGAUGAGAUGAAAAGCAGCGAGGAAAAACAAGGAGCAGAACUGGUGGUGAUACCCUUGUACUCCUCUGCACAGGAGCAGUACAUUGUAUCCAGGAUCAGUUUCUCAAAAAUCCAGCAGUGUUUAUAAAUAUUGUCUCCUGUAUUUCCAUUUUUUUAUGAUUUCAUGGUUGUUGUUACAGGAAGCAAAAGGAGGGAACAGAUUGAGCACAUAAAAUUGUGGGAUGGGAAUCUCAAGCAAAGUGUAGCUUAUCGAGCGUUUCAUUGUAAAGUCUUCAGAUGCUUUUGCUCUGUUGAUUUUCUUUUUUAGAUAACUGCAAGUCCGAGUAAUGCUGCAAACAUUUCCUCUGGGUUGGUUAAGAAGCAGACUAAAGUCCCUCUCUGAGGUCCUUGCUGGCCUAGGGCCUGUAUGUGUGCCAAGAAUGAUACUGUCUUGUGUGCAUGUAAGUGUAAAUGUGUGAAUGAAUGGGCCUUUAUUCAGAUAGUGUUUGAAGUAGAAUAUUUUGGUGCCGUACUGAAAUCACUUUGCACUCAGUGAUGAUAAAUGAUUUUGUUAUGUGCUAAAGGGCCUCUGAAAUUCCACCCUGAGUGUCUAAGCAUGUCAUGCAUGACAUGCUCUCUUGCUGCCAGAGCCAGCGAGAUGAUGUGGAUGGAUUUGUGCACUGGAAAAAUUGAUUAAAUGAAUUUCCCGUGUUGAGUCUUAAGGCCACUGUAGUCUUACUAUUGUUAGACACACAUCACCUGGCCAUGUAGCUAAUAGAAGAGUUUAACUUAUUAAGAGUUAUGUGGUGUCAUUUCACAAGAGGUAGAUAGAUAGACUUAUCUUUGGUUCCAAAACACAUAUGCUUAUUUCUAAAUCCACAUUUUGUAUAUAGUAAAGGUAUUGCAUCAGAUAGUUACAAAGAUGUUUACAAAGGUAUGAGAAACUAUUUUGCCGUUUAUUUUAUGGAAAUUUAUUUUUUAGAAAAUAGCAAUAAUGAUAUGAAUUGAAAAAAUAAUUUAGUAGGCAGGAUUCAGUGACUGAGUGUACUGUAACAAUCUUAAGUGUAUGUUCCAGUUGUUUCAGUACCUGUUUGUAAAUAGGCCACUUCCUUCCAUACACACAGUGCCAAAUUUAAUUUCUUCCUUAUUUACUUAGGAACUUAGAUCCUUAACCAGAGAAGCAAUAUGUUGGAAAGUCACUCAACACAACUCUGCUUUGCAAUGUGAAUUAUGUUUACUCAAUGUGUCCAAAUACAUUCCAGAGGAGAAAUUUACUACUACUGCAUUGCAGUGUUAAAUAGUAACAACCUGAUUUUAUUUGACAUUCAUGAAAAGGCUCAUUUCAUUGGUGUUAUGUUACAGCUCGCACUGUAUUACAGUGAUGUAAAUGUGCUUUGUUUUUUCAAAACGGGGUACACAUUUUAUCUGCAUUAUUAAUACUCAAUUACCCUCCUAUUCCUCUGUCUCCAGGCACAUUUGUUAUUUAUGGACUAUUUUUAAAAUGGCUAAAUAAGAUUAAAGGUUAUACAGAUUGGUUAUUAUUUGUAAGUAUUAAUUAAAAAUGUAUAAACAGUUCUGAAACAUGCAGUAUACUGCUGAAGCCUGGUGUUAAAAGGUAUAUUUGUGGUAUUCAACCAUUUUUUUUCUUAUUUGUUUCUUUUUCUGUUCAUAUUUGUUAUGUUUUAUUAAAUGUGGAAUUUUAACAUGCAUACAUUGCUGGUGAAGCACCUAAAUAAAACUUAAU